CUAUGGCUUCAUUGGGGUUUUCGGGUCUUCAGAAAAGUCUUGAUAGCCAUUAAACUUGUAAAUGAUUAUUAUAUCGGAUAACCCAUAAUUACGUUUUUUUGCAACAUACGAAGAGAAUGACUCGGACUCCUUGCAACCUUUUUAUUACAUAAACCUUGGUUGAAAUAUAAAUUUCCCUUUUACCCCUCGUCAUAACUUUUAAGGGACUUGGAAAUGUUGUACCUUUUUUCGAUAAAGUGUUUAUAUUCAGUUUUUCCUGAACUUCAGGUUUCUCUAGUCAUUCAUUCCUCUUUGAAAUUCCCCCUUUAUCCAUUCCCUUGAACGCAUACAUGUUUCCUUGACAUUUUGUGUCUCAAGAUUUCUCCCGUUUCCUGCAAUUUACAGUUUCAUGUAAUCUUGUGUUAUACACAUGAAAGGAUGAGUGUAUAAGUAUUGCUCCGGGUACUAGACAGAACAGGUAGGAGGAGAGAUAACACAGACCUAGAACCAAACCAAACCCGGCUCCAGUCAUAGUUCGGUACUCAGGUAGCUUAGCCCUCCCUACUCCUCCCAGAAAUAAAAAUCAGUUUUAGCAUAUUAUCCUCUCUGGCAUUCGUUUCUGAGUAUUAGAAUUCAGGGCAGAAAACUCGUUAACGUUCCCUACCCUGAUGUGAUAUUAUAGCUAAGGUUCAGGUUGAGAGCUAAGAGAGAGAAUGCGAAAAAUCACAACCAUGACAUCUAUGUAUUGCAUACACUGGAGUAAUGUUAAACGUCGGAAGAUUAUGGAGAUAGUAUUGUUUUUUUUCAGAUUUAUUGUUUUAAUAAAUCAAGUCUUAUUUUCUUUAAAAAUUGACGUUCAAUCAAUCUAAAACUUAUAUUUUUAUGAAACUAAAAUAUCCCUGGUACUUGAUCAGUCUUAGGUACGCUUGAGUUGAUUUGAACUUUAUCAUUCAUUCUUUAGAGAGCCUAAAGAUCAGGCCUACAGUUGACCAGUUACAUGAAACUCGUUCAGUCACCCACAAGAACUUUACACUUGUGCGUUAAACAAUUUCUCUUGAUUUAUGAAAAAUUUAUGCUGAAGAUUAAAACUGGUAGAAUUAAUUUAAGUUCAACGUGAGUUUGAUUAUUUAACAGUACUAAUCUGGAUGCGUAAAAGAACGCUUGUUGAAAAUGAUUCAGUUGAAUGGAUUGGUCACCUUUUUAUCAUCUUUUUGUCAAAACUAUUUCAGAUUUAAAAUGCUGUAGCUACUUCAAUGCUGAGAAGUUGCACGCGGUUUCUGUUGGAGUAGUUGAAGAGGAUGCCGCACGAGAUUAUGAACAUGUCCCGUCAGGGGCAUAAUGAGAGCGAUAUCCCUGAGAUACGGGUUAAAACUGCAUACAAUGGAAAGGUUUACAUCACGUAUAUUGAUCACGGGAUGACCUAUCAGACAUUGAUGAAGGAGAUGAAGGAGUUGGUGGGUUUUAUGCCAGAGCAGGAUUUAACUGUCAAAUGGAUGGAUGAAGAAGGGGAUCCCUGUAUUGUACAAUCCCAAGAGGAACUGGACGAAGCUAUCAGAUUGUAUGAGGUGAACAAGGAGGCUGAGCUGGCCGUACAUGUGUUCCCAGGACUUCCACCAGCCCCUGGUCAACCUUGCCAUGGAGAGGACAGAUCAAUAUACAGACGGGGAGCUAGAAGAUGGAGGAAAAUGUAUAAAGUUAACGGACAUAUAUUCCAGGCAAAGAGGUUUAACCGGAAAGCAUUUUGUGCUUACUGUCACGACCGUAUCUGGGGCCUGGGUCGGCAGGGGUUCAAGUGUGUACAGUGCAAACUCCUCAUACACAAGAAGUGUCAUAAGCUGUGCCGUGUUGUAUGCGAUGUUGCACUGGUUGAUUCUAUGCCUCGUGGUUUACACAACCACUCGGAGAACGUGACUCCUGAGCAGAGCUUCCUACCCGGACCUGAGCUCAGCCAGGGGGCAGAUACUGAAGCUGGGGGCAGACAGGAUGUCCCUGAAGGGUCAGCUCCUCCUAAAACCAAUAUGGUCAGCUUACAAGAUUUCGAUCUUAUAAAGGUUAUUGGUCGUGGUUCCUAUGCUAAAGUUUUAAUGGUAGAACUUAAGUCUACCAAGAGAAUAUACGCUAUGAAGGUUAUAAAGAAGGAGUUAGUGACAGAUGAUGAAGAUAUUGAUUGGGUGCAAACUGAGAAACAUGUUUUUGAAACAGCGAGUAAUCACCCUUUCCUCGUCGGACUUCAUUCUUGCUUUCAGACGUCUUCCCGCCUGUUCUUUGUGAUAGAGUUUGUACGUGGUGGUGACCUUAUGUUCCAUAUGCAGAGACAGAGACGUCUUCCGGAGGAACACGCCAGAUUCUACUCGGCUGAGAUCUGCUUGGCUUUGAACUAUCUUCAUCAGCGUGGUAUUAUCUACAGGGACUUGAAGCUGGACAACGUUCUUCUGGAUCAUGAAGGACAUAUCAAACUAACAGAUUACGGAAUGUGUAAGGAAGGAAUACGACCCGGAGAUACAACUUCAACCUUCUGUGGAACCCCUAACUAUAUUGCUCCGGAAAUACUAAGAGCUGAGGACUAUAGUUUCUCUGUGGACUGGUGGGCUCUGGGUGUUCUUCUCUACGAGAUGUUGGCUGGAAGAUCUCCCUUUGAUAUUGUUGGUGCCUCAGACAACCCAGAUCAAAAUACAGAGGAUUAUCUUUUCCAGGUUAUCUUGGAGAAAACUAUCCGUAUCCCCCGAUCUCUGUCAGUGAAGGCUGCAAGUAUCCUGAAGGGAUUCCUCAACAAGAACCCGGCCGAUCGUCUCGGGUGCAACAAGGAGGGAGGGUUCAUGGAGAUCAUGACACACCCCUUCUUCAAGACCAUCGAGUGGGAGCUGUUGGAACAGAAGCAGAUCCCACCCCCGUACAGGCCCAGGCUGGAGAACGACAAGGACCUUACAAACUUCCCCCCGGAGUUUACAGACGAACCUGUGCAGCUUACCCCGGACGAUGCAGGGGUUAUCGGACGAAUCGACCAAACUGAGUUCGAAGGGUUUGAGUAUGUGAAUCCUCUCCUCAUGUCCGCGGAGGACGUUGUAUAGAGCUGAGGUGGACCUCAAGAAUAUUAGUAAUGCUUAAUUCGGACUUCAAACCAUUGAGAAAAAAAAAGAAUCUUUAUUGGUGAAGAAUCUUUAUAAACUGCUGAUAUAUAUCUUUUGAAUUUCAGACAUAUCGAUAGAAUUUGGAUUCCAUUAAUAUUUUUGGAUUUUAGAAAUGUCUAUGGAUUCUAGAAAUAUCUAUGGAUUCUAGAAAUAUCUAUGGAUUCUAGAAAUAUCUCAGGAUUGUAGAAAUAUUUAUGGAUUCUAAAAAUAUCGAUAGAUUAUGGAUAGAAAAUGUUCUCGUCAAUAUAUUUUUUAUAGCUGCUAAUAAUGUUAUUUAAAAGUUCAAUAUUAAAAUAUAGAUCUUUUCUUUAGUAAACAUAAUUCAAAUCUAGCAUCAUAUUUCAAAACUUCUUUUUUUUAUCCCCUUUACCACCUCACCUUUAAAAAAGAGGAAAGGUAAUCAAAUUUUGGAAAAGUUCAAAAAGUAUUAAUUUAUAAUCUGUAUUUUAAUAUCGCAUUUAUCGUAUUAUUUCAGAGAAGACAAAGUUCUUCUAUUUUUUUAAACCUGGAGUAAAAAUAUAGAAUUCUCUUUAAGCUAAAAACUCCAGUAGUUGUCCAGACAUUGAAAAUUACGAAAUAUAUAUAAAAUUGUAUUUAGAUUAUGCCCUGUUUGUGAUUCAUUAAGAUAUUAUUAAAACACAAAAUAUUUCCAGAGAGUAAAUUUUUCAGAAAACCUUUCUGCAUGAAGGUAUAGAUUAUAGUAUUAAAAUUAUAAAAAAUAAAUGUGUCUUAAUUGGGAUUUUCAGAUCUCAAAACAUACUUCCCUUGAUAAUUACAGCGUGUAGUGGUAUAUAUGAUAAAAACAUUCCUUUUCCUAAUCAAAUCUUGCGUAUUUUUUUAUUAAAUUGAAUAGUUUAUGUAAAUAACCUUGUUUUUAUAAGCAAGACCUAAGCCCCGGAAUUUGCUGAUAAACCACUAUUCACUAAACAUUGUUUUUGCUAAAACCACAUUUUUGGGUUGAAUAUAUUUUUAAGAUAAUU